CGCCGCGCGGCGCCCCGUCCCCCCCUCCCGCCCGCCAUGGCCCCGAAGCGGCGACCCACCGCCGCGGCUGGGCGGUUAUCGGAGCCGCAGGAGGAGCGCCCGUUGUGGGACCAGGCGGACUUCGUGGAGCGGCUCGGCCUGCCGCGGCCCGCGGAGGGCGAUGCGCAGUCCGAGGCGCUCAUCAGCCCGAUGGCCACGGACGCCACGACGAUGGUCCGGCUGCUGGAGCAGGCGGCGGCGGCGGUGGGGGGCAGCGGCAGCCUCGCGUCUUGGGUGAGGUCGGCCUGCGGCGCCCUGGAGCAGGCCGUGGAGCUGGACAAGGACUGCCCGGCCACCCACCACAGCAAGACUGGGGACGGCGGCGGCGGCAGCUCCGGGAACGCCAGCGAGGCGGCUGCGGAGGACGCCGCGAGGGAGAUCUCCAAGGUCAUCGCUCGCCUCAGGCGCCUCGAGGAGAGCGAGUUCGUUGUCAUGCUUGGCGGUGGAGCCGGACGCGUUGGUCUGAAGGCGAUCCUCAUUACGCAGAGAUUGAGGGGUACUUUCACCGUCACCGUAGUCAACAGGAAUGUCGACGCUCAGGAGAAGGGUGACUCGGGCAUGCUCUACCACCCGUACUUCCUAGAUGGCAACCUCGAGGUUCUCCGGAAGACGGUUCUCACGUUCUCAAACAUUCCGGAGGCCAAGAUGUUGGACGAGGCCGUUUGGUACACUUUCUACCUAGAAAUGCGGCUGUUGAUGACCGUGGGAUCUGGUUUCAGCAGCAUCUACGAGGUGGUGCUGCCCCACCUGGUGGGCUCUUCGCUGGGGGACACACCCGAGAUGCAGGAGAAGGUCGACCAGAGGGCCUCCAGUGCCCCUCCCGACUACGAGGACGUGGGCAACGAGACGGCGGCGCAGGGCCGUUGGAGAGCGCUGGAAGGCUGCGUGGCCUACAUCCUCCGCGCCCGCGGCGCCUCCGGCGAGCAGGUCGGGGAGGUCCUCCUGGAGACGGACGUGGCCGUCGCGAGACGCCUGGGGGAGGAGGUGCGCAUGUGCUCGCCGGAGUCUAAGCAGGUCGCGGGCGUGGUCAUGCAGGAGUUCUGCUCCGGCUUCCGGAGGAGGAUGCGGGGCGGCUACCGGAGGCUCCUGCGGGGAUCUCAGGUCGACAGGUCGAACGCCCUGGUCAGCGAGCUUCAGGCGAGCGCGGAGCGGCUCAUCGCGAAGAUGGAGUCCACCGCCCAGCCGUGCCUGCAGCUCACCGAGGGCGCCAUGACCGCCUGCGCCCCCUGGGUCCUGUCGGGCAUGUGCCAGCGUGCCGAGGCCGAGGCGUGGGCGGGCCCCGUGAUGGAGACGAGCACCGGGUCCUUCGUGGACCUGCGGCUGAUGCUGCCGGACGAGGCCGCGCAGUCUGCAGACCACGGGGCCACCGAGAUCAUCGAGCUGAUCCACGCGUGUGCGACGAAGUGCCUGCACCUAGAAUGCCGAGGCGCCGUGAUCGGAUUCCGGAGGACGAUGCACAGGCUGGCCGCGAUCGUGGAGCACUGCUUCCUCGAGCGGCUGCAUACCCUCCCCGAGCCCCCUGGGGACCCUGUCGUGCUGCAGCACAUGCCUGGCCACGGCCUCGCCAAGGGUCAGAAGGUCGAGAUUCUGAAGUACGAGGGUGCCACAGUGCAUGUGCGAUGGGAGUCGGGCGACGCCCACGUGCCCGCCGCUGCCGUGGGCGACGAUCCGAGUGCGUGCGUGUACCGCCGGCUUUGGGCAGGAAGCCAGACGCUUCAGCAGCGGAUGCUCACAGACCUCCACGCGAUCGCGAAGCACUACGCCAUGGCCGUGAUCGUCGAAGAGCGCAAGGGCAUUAGCGUCGGCGCUCGCACACUGACCACCUUCACGGUGAUCAUGUGCAUCCUGGACGCGGCCUUGCGCGCAAGGUCCUCGAAGCCCAUGUUCUUCGCCGAGGUCCUGCGGGGCAACGUGCUCGAGGACGAGCGGACCCAGUCCUGCGUUCCGGUCGGGCUCGCGUGCUCCACGAUUUCCGGAGUGGACGUCAGGCAGCUCUCGGCGAACGUUGCAUGUUGCAACUCGCGGGUCCUGGUCCAGCGCGCCAAGGCGCUGAGGUACCUGCAGGCCGUCGAAGCGCUCGCACGGCCCAGGGAGGGGCCGAGCGACGCCGCCGAAGACGCCCCCACCGAGGCGGGGCCGUGGCUGCUCUUCGACUGGAGGCCGGACCUCGACAUGGAGCAGAUCCGCUCGCAGGAGACGGUCCGUGUGCCCGUGAGGGUGGCCAACGGGAAGCGCGACGACGUCACGCUGCGGAUGUGGCAGGCCUGCGUGGCGCAGUACCUCGUCGUCGACGCCUCGCCGGACCUGCCCGCGUACCUCAAGGGGGACGCUCUGCCCGAGGCCUCCGGCGCGUGGCUCUCGCUCGCGCGCUUGCUCGUCCAGGCGCUCCUGCCGCGCGCCCACCGCAAGCUGAAGGCAGCCACCUCGGAGCCCGACGCGCCCCCAGCGGCGGCACGGCCUGGAUCGCGCAAGACCGGGGCCCAGGAGCUGCACGAGAAUGCAAGGCGGCAGAAGUUGCAACUCCACAAGCAGGCCGCCGACCUCAUGUUGGAAUACAACGCGAGGAAGGCGCAGGAGGAGAUCAACCACAGGCAGUACGAGAUCCAGUUGCAGCACUGGGAGGCGGAGAACCGCACGAGCGCGGAGACGGCGAGGGCGUCCGAGGAGCAGCGCCGGGCGCAGCUGGAGCUGGGGGGCGGGCUGGGCCUGAGCCAGCUGAGCAGGCAGCGGCAGGAGCAGGCGGCCUGCCGCGCCACGAGCGGGCUGCCCGAGUUCACGGUGGACCGCUGGAUGCAGCCGCCACCCGCCCAUGCACAGGCGGCCCCCGGCUGGCACUGA